AUGAGGUUGCUAUUCCCUCUCAUCAGGCGUGCACGAUGCCUCCCUGUUACUCGCCAUCAUGAACGCCGAACCCUCCUCACCCUCGCCAUUGAAACUUCCUGCGAUGAUACCUCCGUUGCGAUCCUUGAGAAGCAAAGUGCCAGAAGCACUCUCCACUUCCACGACAAAGUCACCUCAGAUAACCGCGCAUUCCAAGGCGUCCACCCCCUGGUAGCGCUCGAAUCCCACCAGAAGUCCCUCGCACUUCUUCUCAACAGAGCUCUCCAAAGCUUGCCCGAGAGGCCCUCCGAAUCGGCAACAUGGACAAACGCAAUCCAAGUCCGCGGCGCUACCGACAAGUCUCAUAAACUACGAAAGCGCCCCGACUUCAUUACGGUCACACGAGGACCGGGGAUGCAGUCGAACCUAGUGACUGGGCUCGACACAGCGAAGGGUCUGGCUGUGGCGUGGCAGAUCCCCGUUUUGGGAGUCAACCACAUGCAAGCUCACGCUCUGACGCCACGGCUAGUAUCAUCUCUCAACGCGACCUCGGAAUCAGCGGAAUCGCAUCCCCAGUUCCCCUUUCUCUCUCUCCUCGUGUCGGGCGGAAACACGAUGCUCGUCCACUCCAGCGACAUAGUGUCACAUUCCAUCCUCGCUGAGAAAACAGACAUACCCGUCGGGAACGUGCUCGACAAGUGUGCGCGCGACAUUCUUUCUGCAUCAUUGCUGGACAACGGGAAGAGCGUCAUGUAUAGCCCGAUGUUAGAGGUGUUCGCGUUCCCGAAUGGGGCGGAGGACUACGACUAUAACCCGCCCGAGACGCAGCGCGGUCUUAACACGAUGAAGACGACCCAGUUUGGCUGGGCUAUCAGACCGCCGCUGUCUGAGGACAAGUCGUCGUCUAUGGAGUUCUCCUAUUCGGGCCUUGGCGCUAUAAUACGCCGUAUUGUAGAGGCCAAUCCAGAGAUGUCAGAUCUCGAGCGCCGAGUCCUAGCACAGGAGACGAUGCGAGUCGCAUUUGAGCACUUAGCUUCGCGAGUCCUCCUAGCUCUCAGCACUCCGGCAAUGAAAGACAUAUCUACCCUCGUCGUAUCUGGGGGUGUUGCGUCGAACCAGUUCUUGAAGCAUAUGCUGCGGUCUCUGUUGGAUAAGCGGGGGUUUGAAGGUGUGGAGGUGGUGUUCCCACCGAUGAGUUUGUGUACGGAUAAUGCGGCUAUGAUUGCUUGGACGGGAAUGGAGAUGUGGGAGGCGGGGUGGAGGAGUGGGCUGGAUGUGAGGAGUUUGAAGAAAUGGGCUAUUGACCCCGAGGCUGGUGAUGGGGGGAUUAUGGGCGCGGAGGGAUGGAGAAGAGUUGAUGAUACCCAAUUGUAG